GCUUAACCAUCUUUACAGAGUUGGUCAUAAUGUUUCACCACCCAUCCAUGUUUGAAAUGUUGCUGACGCAUGAUGAAGUAACAAAAUUGAAGAAGUGGUAUAAAGUCUUGAACAUUAGGGAAGAAAACAUUUACUGGAAUAAUUGUGAAUCGAAUCAUCACAACGGGAGUCAUGAUUACUUACGUAGAAAUCAUCGCAGCUUGUUCAUCGCACGACUGUCCUGUGCAGCGGCCUGGAUUCUGGCUUUAAUUCUCAGUAUCCCUUUUAUGAUGUUAAGAAAGACUAAUACAGACGAUGGCAAAAAGCGCUGCCUGUUUUAUAAAUUUGAUGAAGAGCCAAUGCCAACGUUAAGCAUCAUCAGAUUUGUGUUUGGCUUUUUGGUUCCUCUCAUAUGCAUCACAACAUGCUACGGAUUCAUCGCACGCAAGUUAGGCAGGAGACAUUUUCACUCUGGACGAGCGUUUCGCAUCAUGCUGGCUGUAAUUGUGACAUUUUUUCUGUGCUGGCUGCCGUAUCACAUAGUGCACUUGGUAAUAAUGUACGGAGAGAAAUCAAGUUCCUUGGUAGCUUUGGCAGUGGAUCCGUUGACUGUCUCUUUGGCGUAUUUCAACAGCUGUCUGAACCCCAUUCUGUAUGUUUUCAUGGGGCAGGAUUUUAAGAGCACUGUUAAACUUUCUCUAAGACAUGUUUUUGAAAGAGUUUUCUCUGAGGAGGGAACACAAAUGGCACGAACCACUAGUAGCGGAGCUAAAGUUUUAUAGAUGGGGUUCUCAAGGCUAAUUCAGGAGGUCCAUAGACCAUGACAGACAAUCAGUGUAUAACUCCAAUCUGGCAUAAAAAAGCAUUAAUAAAUCCUAUGAUUGCUGAUUACUUUACAUUACCCCACAUUAUCUAUACAUAUUGUAACAUCCAAUGUUAGUCUAUUGAAACUUAUUUCUCUUACUUCAUCUCAUUAACCAGUGGUUUGGAGCAAAAGAUCUAACAUUUGUAACAACUUGUAACAUGUAUGCUACAGUGAAUUUUGUAAAAGUUGUUCAGAAAAACCUAAAACUUCAAUUAGUUCAAACAGGGCUGCCAACUUUAGACUUAAGCCUAGACUGACAAUUUUUCAAGAAUAAUGAACAAGCUUGCAAAUAAAUACAUUACCAGUCAGAGGUUUUUGAACAGUGAAAGUCUUAGUUUUUAAAGAAAAUACAGCUACGCAUCGCAGUAAUGAAUUACAUUUUAUUAUUCAAAUAAAACUAAGUUAUUUUAAAUGGUAAAAAUAUUUCACAAUAGUUUUGUUAGUUUUGCUGAAUUUUGGAUCAAAUAAAUGCAGGCUUGGUGAACAGAAGAGAAUUAAAAAAAACAUGAAACAUCUUACUGUUCAAAAACUUUUGACUGUUAAUGUAGGCCUACGCUAUUUUUUUUUCAGAAAUUUUCUAAUCUAAUCUAUGCAAGGAGCCCUUUUGUUAGGGUUAAAACUAAAAGUAACUACUGUUCCCUUUCAGUUGGUCACUCUUGACGCCAUGUCAGUGACCGACGAAAAAAACCCUCAUCGUCAGGUUCCUUAGAGAGGCCAGGAGGUUAAACCCUUCCCAGUGCUUAAGGGUGUACUCACACUGCCAGUUUGAACCGUGCCCGAGUGCGUUUGACCACCAAAGCGCGGUUCGUUUGACUAGUGUGAGUGCUCCGAAUCGUGCCCGGGCGCGGCUCGAUUGGCCGGCCCUGGCCCGCUUGGAAGAGGUGGGCCAGGGCAUGGUUCAGUUGGACUCGGGCGCGGUUCGCAUGCAGUGUGAGCGCUAACCGUGCCGGGGCACGGAAAAGGACGCUUUGCAUCACGGUUUUGCGACGCUCCAAAACCAACAUGGCAGGGAAAGGGUCGCUUUGGUCUAUGGCAGAGGUGCAAAACGCAUAAAAAAACUGCAAAGUCCUUGCUGCACUUCAGCUGGUAUCUUGCAAACAUCCUCAUACGAGCAGCACGAUUACGUGAAAAUGUUCGCGCCACUAAGGCGACACAUCUGUUUAACAACAGGCUGUGGACCAAACAACACAAAAUUAUCCACAAAGAAAACAGAGCGAUGCACUCCAUUGUGUUCAUAGAGCGCCGCUCUUCCUGUUUAUCCCGAAACCGUCGCACCAUAAUGACGUAAGCGUGCUCCGGCACGAAUGCUGAAACCCUAUAUGUGAGUGCAGGCCAGAGGGGGAGGGGUGACAAUCGUACUCGGGCCCGGUUCAUGGCAACCGUGCCUAGUGUGAGUACACCCUAAGUCACUACAGCAGGGCCCAUUCGAGCCUUUGCAUUCAGUUGAGCUAAAACUUCUUUCAUUGAAAACUCUGCUCCUGCUUGCACUGUCCUCCAUCAAGAGGGUAGGGGACCUGCAUGCAUUUUCGGUCAACGAUUCUUGCCUAGAGUUUGGGCCGGCUGGCUCCCAGGUAAUCCUGAGGACCUGGUCUGGCUACGUGCCCAAGGUUCCCACUGCAUCCUUCAAAGACCAAGUGGUGAACCUGCAAGCGCUGCCCCUGGAGGAGGCAGACCCAGCCCUGGCUUUGCUCUGUCCCGUCCGAGCAUUGAGAUGCUACGUAGACCGGACACAAAGUUUCAGGACCUCAGACCAGCUCUUUGUCUGUAACGAAGACCGUCAGAAGGGGAGUGCCGUCUCUAAGCAGAGGAUGGCCCACUGGAUUGUGGAUGCCAUAACCCUGGCUUAUCAGGCUCAGGGUGUGCCCUGCCCGUUAAGGUUGCGAGCUCACUCAACUAGAAGUGUUGCAUCUUCUUGGGCGCUGGCUUGUGGUGCCUCGCUGACAGGUAUUUGUAGAGCUGCUGGCUGGGUGACCCCUAACACGUUCGCUAGGUUCUAUAGCCUUCGUGUAGAGCCACUACUCCAGAGUGUCCGUACUAUAGACCCUGUUGAGAUCCUCCAUCACCCUAAGCAGCUGGACACGGCGGAACAUCCGGCCCCAGGCCUUCAUGAUGUAUCCGUGAGAACCGUGGAAGGGUGGGUUCCAUAUUGAGACCUAAGCGGUACUUGUAUGUGUAUAGUCCACGGUAUAGC